UAAACAGAAAGACAAGGGCUCUGAAUUAUUCCUUAACUUCACAAAUAAGUAACAACUAUUUUCAUAAUAAAGGGUAAGAGUAGGAAAAAGUGUGGAAUUAAGUAGUCUGAUGAUAUCCAAUUUUUUGGAAACGAGAGCAAAGUUCUUAUCCUUUAAAACAAAUUAUAUUUUUUAAAAUUCAUUUACUUACUAGCUUACUUAUUUACUUAAGUACAUCCCCAAAAAUGGUUGAGCUGAAAGAAAUUUUAUGCUAUGCUUUGUUGUUUCUUAGAGUUACAGGAUCAACGAUGAGACAAAACUGGAAAAGACAAAAGCUUUGGAAUGUUCCACAACUUCCUUGCAUUCGAGUUCCUCCCUCCAUCUCUGACACUUCCUUACUAAAGAACCUCAACCGAGGGCAACAGCGCUACUUUUAUAGCAUUAUGAGGAUUUACAACGCCAGGUCCCAGUGGGAGGCCCUGCAGACCCGGUACAUUCAUAGCCUUCAGCACCAACAGCUGCUUGGCUAUAUUACUCAACGGGAAGCCUUGUCUUAUGCUCUUGUACUUACAGAUUCAACCAAGAGAGCUUCAGCCAAGGUAGUUCCUCAAAGAACCAUUCCCCGGAAAUCUUCAACCAUGAUAAGAAAAUGUCCAUCAGUACUACCUGUAUCUGUGGUUUUACCUAGGGCCCAAAGUAAAAGGUGCCGAACACUCAGGAACUGAGAUUAGGCAGCAUUUUCAGAAACAGGAAGUUUGCCCAUGUUCCUGUUUCCCUGUAUCUAGUGGGUGCUUAGCACAUAUUUCUUGAAUGACAGUGAAUAAUUUCUAAUAUAAACCCAGACCUAAAAAUAAUCUCUGAUUCAUAUAAAUAUCACCAGCAA